CCCGAAGUCCAAGUCACCGACCUCGCCUCACUGCUCCACACGGGCACUUACGUGGGCCCGCUGGGCCUCUCGCCGUCAUCCCCAGCAGAGGGGCGCACAGACUUGCCGGAGAGGCCCUCGAACCGCCGGCCAGCUCAGCCCCUUCAUCAGGUCCCCUGGGUUCAGCACGUCCAUCGUGCCCACCCUGCCCCUCGGCACAGACCUGCGAGGAGGCUGCCGGACUGGGAUCCUACCAGUCCCAACGCGUGGGUGGUCAAUGAGGCUUGGAGGCGCUUUCCCAUGAACAGGUAUUCCAUCAUGGAGCCUCUUCCCUCAGACUGGUGGGAGAGUUACUUCAAGCGGAGAAUCUGGUCUCUUCGGCACCCCAGGGCAAUAUGGAGCCCGGUGACCAUCAGGCUCGCUCCUCGUGAGCGGACAGCGCCCCCCUCCACUGCCCCAGCAGAGGUAACGAACUCUGCAGGGGUACGGGGGGGCUCAGCUUCUGAGAAGCCCCCAGACCCAUGUGCGAAGGAGACUGUGCUGAGGGCCCUCAGAGCGCAAAAGGGGAAAGUGAGGUGGGAAGAGCCACUGUUCCGUGAGAGCUUGGACAGUAAGAGAAGGAUUCCAGAGACCAGACCGUCUGCGUUUUAGCCUCUGAGGAAAAAUGGAGUCCACGCUUCUUUCGUGCCCAGGCCUGGGCCUCUGAAGAGAAGCCUCGACUGCUGGGGCUCAGAUCACAGCUUGAAUCACAGGCCCAGCUGCUCCUCCGUGGACUCCUUGGCCAGCACACACACAGGUGGCACCCUUAGCUCCCAAAGAAAUGCUAUUACAAGCUCUUACAGCUCUUGGAGAGAUUUCUCUGAGCCUUGGAAGAGAAGUAUUCCCAGUACAUCACUCCAGAUACCAGAGUGGCCAAUAAAAAGGAAAGAACAUGGUCGUCCGUCUCACUCUCCAGUCCCACUGGUAUCAGAUGAGUCCCCAGAAACACCUGGCAGCUCUGGGCAGCAAAAUCAGAUUCCCCUGCUUCUGUCAAGCCCUGGGAGCCUGCUGUCCCUGACUCCACCUCCUCAGCUUGGUUAUGCAGUCGCUGAAGACCUGGCCUUAGGGAAGAAAGCUGGACUGCAAUGGAGCAACAAAGCCAGAGAGGAUACGACUGAGGUCGCCACAGACUCUGUCCCUGACACUUGGUCUGCUAUCCGGCCUCCCCUGUCCCAGGGCACUGAUCCUCAGUUGGAAAGCUUACAUAAAAUGCAGGAGUCUCCAAGUCCACUGGCCUCCCCACAACCGACCGGAGAGGCAAUCAGUGUGGCCCACUCGCCUCGGGAAACAGCGAUCCUGCUGGCCUCACAUGGGUGCUCACGUGAGGAGAAACAUGUGGGAGAAACAUGUGUUUCUCCCACAUCACCAGCCACUGACACCACAUAGCCACCUUCAACCUCUCCGGCUGCCAUACCCCGAGACUCAGCUGCCGUUAUCCCUGCAGCACCCACUAUGCAAAACUUUGGAUUGAUGUGCGGCCCAGCUCCCCGUCUUCCUGCAUCUGCACCUCCUGCUGCAACUUCUGCUGACCGCAUGUCAAAACCCAUUGUGGGGCUCCCAGCCAAGAGUGAGACAGGAGGCUCCUCAUAUUCCAGAAUUUCAAGCACAGCUGCAGCAUCUUCACCUCCGGGUAUCUCAACUCCCACCUUCAAGCCUAUCUUUGGCAGCAUAAGACCACUGAAAACUAUGCCCGGGAGAGCUCCUUUCUCUUUCAAGCAGACCUCUCCUCCACCUCCUCCUGCUUCUACCCGUCUCUUCCACGGCCUGCUCAAGGCUACCUCUGUAGUCAUGUCCACCACCCCAGCCAGCACAUCCAGAGGCUCCUUUAAGCCACCUUUGGAGUGUGGUGUAGUGACUGUUACCAGUCCCAUGGGCAGCACUUGCUCCGUCCCUUCCACUUGCCCCGCUUUCUCGCCUCUCGGGGCUGCCUGUGCCUUCAGGGCCAGCUUCUCCGCAGCUGCAGGCUUCACUUUCCCACUGUGCCAGCGUCCAACCAUUCCUACCGUGCACACAGUCACCAUCUUUAGCCAGGUUCUUCGCAGUGCUCUCCAGAUAUCCCCUACCAGGAGCACUGCCAAUUUUAGCGCUAUGGGUAGCCCUCUGGCAACUUCAGCCCUAGUGACCACCAACCAGCCUGCAUUGUCAUCCAGGAUCUCCAGUUCGACCUCAGCGUUCACAAUUCCCUUAGAGUCAAGCUCAAGGCCACCUUUCCCGCUAUCCCUGGGAGCCACUCCCCAACCUGCAUUUGGGGCUGCAUAUGUGCAGAAGCAAGAAGCCCCCGAACCAGCCCUUGGCCCAAGCUUCAGUAGCUCUUUCAUUUUUGGAAACUCAAGAGUGGCCUCCUCAAUCCCAACACCGACUCCAGCCCAGCCGUCCUUCAGCGGUACCACGCAGUCAGCCUUUGGGGCUUUGGCACCAUCAGCCUCCACCUUUCACAUCCCUGCCAGCUGCUGGCCGGCCUUUGACAGCACUCCAGUCGGUCCCUUUGGUCAAGCUAAUACGAAUGGUUUGGGAGUUGUCACCCCAACCCAGCGGAGUGGGACUUGCGGCUCAGUGUUUGGCAGCACAGCCCCACGACCACUUGACUUUGGGGGAUUAGUGGCCCCUAUGGACUGUGAGGAGACUGGGACCAGCGUCACUGCCCCAGACAUGAGCUCCAACUCCGGAGCAUUCAGCACUGGAGCAGGUCCAGGCGGGAGCGGCACCGUCACGCCCUUGGGGAAAGGCUGGGGCCCAAACAACCAGGGCCGGGCCAGCCAGGGCACACCUUUUGCCUUGGGGAAGGCCGGCAUUUCUGCAAGAAAAACUGUGUUUGGGGACCCCUCCAUGGCCCCCUUUGCUCAGAGCACCCCUGUCAGUGGAUCAGCGAAGGCAGGCAGCAGCCUUGGCUUUGGGAUGCCCUCUCCACCGCCCCAGGGCUCUGUUGGGAGAAGAUCUUUCGGAUCGUCAGCCCCUUCAUUUUCCAUUGGUGCAAAAUCAAAAACCCCAAAGAAUAGGGAGCAAGGGCAUUCCCGAAGGCAUCAUGCCCGCAAGAAAUAA